UAAGGAUUAUCGAGGGUGGGGUUCCACCAAGAAUCAAAACUGGGAAUCAUGGGUCAACUCCUCUUCGCUGGUUUACCACACAAAAUACUACGGAAACCUAUUCUAAAGUGGUAUAAGGAAACCGGAAAACUGGACUGAUACAGAGACAAGUUGACAAACGGAGAACACGACAGAGAUGACGAGGAAGAGACCGUUACUAUGUUAUUUGUUGAUGUUGGUAACUAAAAUGGCAAUUACCAGCGAAGUAAUAUCAGUUUGAAAGUUCGGCGGCGUUAACUCGGAUCAUAUUCAAACAUCCCGCCAGUGAGUAAUGGCUGCAGCCGAUUCUAUAACAAAAACAAAACCGUUUGAGGAAGGGGAUUCUCUAAUGGAAAAUGCAUUGGCCCCUGUAUCGCUUAAGUUGGCCCAGCUAAUAGAACUGAGUGAUAAUCUAAAGGAGAGCGAAAUCCAUCUACCAUCCGUUGAAAACAAAAGCAUUGUGACUUUUGUUAAAGAUGUACAUGAUGCUACUCAAACUUUAGAAUCUGUUGCUAAACAUUGGAUUGAGGCUUGCAGAAAUGAUUCACUGAAAACUCAAAUGUCCCAAGCCUGUGAACAAUUGCAGGAUGCCAGUAAUGGAAUUUAUAGAACUAUGAAUCAACUGGAGCAUGAUGCAAGCAGUGGAAUGUGCAAACAGUUAAUUAAUGCUUCCAAAGAAGUACUGCAACAGACAUUUCAGGUAUUAAUUAUAGCCAGUAGCUCAGAACUCAAAGAAUUACCCAUGAUUGUAGGUCGGGUUAAAAAUAGAGUAGCUUUCCUGAAAUUGAACAGCUCCAACCCAGAGUUGGUAAGCAAAUAUUUUAAGGAGCUGUCAGAUGAGUUACUGUUACUAAACAAGAUCUGUAUGAGACACCAUGAUAAUCUUGCUGGACAGCAGCAGCUUCAAGACCUCCUUGCCAACUGCUUACAUACAAUUAGAAUGACUCUUCCUACUUUACAAGAAGCCCUGACAGUUUGUAUUGCCGAACCAAAUAACAAGUCAGCCGAGGCUAACCGAGAUUUCUUGAUCUAUCAAAUCCUUAAUACCAUUACUUUAAUUAGCGAUACUGUUUUGAACAAGCUGCCAUUGGACUUAACAGAAAGCAAUGAAUCUGGACAAUUUAUCAGUCUUCUAGGAAAGGCCAAAGCAGCUUUAACUGAAGAAAACUGGACCAGCCUUGAUCAACAUUUUGAAACAUGGAUCUACCUGUUAAUCAAACAUGCAAUGUUUGUGGCUCAUCUCAUUGUUGAAGAACGUAGAAGUCCACUGAUUAAUAUUUGCCUUAAGCUUCUAGAAGCUAAAAACAGCUUGUAUGAAUUCCAAGAUUCAGUCACUGCAGAAACUCAAGAUUUAUACUGCGAUGACAGCUAUAAUAGGCUGUGUAACAAUUAUGAGGAUGACUGUGACAAAGCUGUUGACUUACUUUAUCAACUGGAAGAUAAAGUAAACCAGGAAAUUCUUUAUCUUAUGGUCAAUGUCUUUGCUGAAACUUCAGAACCAUUAGAACGAUUAGUUGAUCCAAUUUUAUUUCCAGAAACACAGAGUGAUUGCUGUCAAGAAAGACUGAAAUCCUUACAAGAUUACUUUUACGAUCAUUUAGACAAUAUGUACGAAGUUGCACGUUUUAUCAUUGCUGGCUCCAGAAGAUCAAAGUUUGUGCAGCAGUUUGAAAUGACAAUCAAAAACUUGGAAUGCCUUGAUCCAGAAAUCUCUUCGUUGGUUAGUCUACAUAUUCAAAAAAUUUCAGUUAAUCCAUUCGAUUCUUUGUCUGAAUCCAUGACCACAAGACUAAAAAGUCUUAUAAAAGAAUGGAAGAAGUUGUUGGCUCAUCUUGUAUUUUUACUAGACACAAUGGUGGAUCCUGACAUUUUCAUCACAAUGUCUUUAAAACGAUUAGAGGAUGAAAUGAAUGUGUGUGUUGAUGCUGCUAACAAAGGUGAUCUGCAGUAUUUACUAAGAACAAGUCGUUCUAUCCGCGCAAAGUGUUCCCGAGUGGCUCAGUUCCUGACUAAUCUGAAAUCUUCUGGAAACAUCUUUCCAAGUCCAUUAAAUGUUAUCCACCUUAUUGAUCAGAUUCAUCAGUCACUGAAAUUUCACAGAGCACAACAUAAACUACUGAAGAAAGCUUUAACACCUUCAAAUCACAAUUCAAUAUUUAAAUGCAAAACAUUUCUGGAUUCCACUUCAUCGUUAGUGGAACAAAUCUGGCACUGUGCGAAUUUUGUUUGUUCUGCUCUGUUCAACUCAUCCACUGAACAAACAUAUCCUGAACAUCUCUCACCCAUACUCCCCACAGAAUAUUCCCAUUGUUCAGUGAACCCUGUUGAUGAUUUGCUCAUCUCUGAUUGUCACUGUACGACAUCCAAACAUUCAGAGGAAAAAACUAAUUCCAAUAAUUACUUUUCAUCUUUCAUUAAUUCUCCUUGUAUAGUCACCAAACAGUUUUGCCAAAAUGUUGACAUGAACUGCUCUACCCAACACAAUAUAAUUAAUUACGAAGAGAAGACUGCAUAUCAUCCAAAACUAUGUUCAAGUUGCCCCUGCAUUGGUAACUACAAAACUGAAAGUCCAUUUAUCAGUCCAUCCCGUUGUGUUAUGGAUCUCAAUUUAAAAGCAAGUCACUCUACCCACGACCCUUUCGAAUUGGACUCCUUUCUCGAUUGUCUUCCCUUGUCACUCCCAAAAUUCCACACAGAAUCCAAGCAUGAUACUCUGGUGUAGUAAACAUUUGUUUCAAAUAAUGUAUGAAGCAUAACAUGUUAUACUAUGUUGUGAUACUCUGAAUAUCAGGGAGUUCCUGACAUAUCGGUACUAAUUAUUUAUUUAAUGUAUUGAGUAUUCA